UUCUAACCCCCCUUCCCCCUUUCUUUCUCCUGCAAUGGUACGCUCCGAUUUAAACCUCGGAGCGGGAAGCCGCCGCCGUCGUGUCGCCGCCGUGUUGUUGUUGUUUUCGGUGUUUCUUGGAGAAUAACGGCACCACCGCGCAGGAUGGACAUGACGACGUGUCUGAAGUCUCUGCUGCUGGCUAUCCAGGAGUACCGAGGCGGACGGACGGCCCAGAGCGCAGCGCAGCUCCUGAAACAAGUGAAGGAGGUUUCGGGCCUGAAAUGUGACCAGCUGCUGUCCUCGGGCCAGGUUCUGCCCAGUGAGUGUGUGAGCGGGUUGGUGGAGCUGGUUGGAAAUCCAAACACCAGCCCAAAUGUGACGAGCUCCAUCAUCUCCCUGCUGGCACAACUAGCCUGUGGUGAUGAUAGUCGGGAGAUUCUUCACAGCAGCUACAACCUCACCAGCAUCCUGGCCUCCGUCAUCCACUACCACAGGGCCACGCCAGAGGAACCUCUGGUACUGCAGUGUUUGCAGGUGCUGCAGAAACUGACGUACAACACUCGCAUCUUCCAGUCCACAAACUACAUCCACGAGCUCAUCGCUUUUCUCGUGACCAACAUCCAGUCUAACAAUGACGACGUCAUCAUGCUGUGCCUCGGCCUCAUGGCCAACCUGUGUCGUGACAACCACUCAGUGCAGAGCCACAUCAAGACUAUGGACAACGUGAAGUCAUUCUACAGAACUCUGAUCGACCUCCUGGCUCACAACAGUCUGACCGUGGUGGUGUUCACGUUGUCCAUACUGGCCAGCCUCAUCAUGAAUGAGAAGGUUGGAGAGAAGCUCUUCGAUGCGAAGAACAUCUACCAGACGUUCCAGCUCGUGUUCAACAUCAUCGUUAACGGCGACGGCACUCUGACGAAAAAAUACUCCGUUGAUCUCCUGGUCGACCUCCUGAAGCAUCCCAAGAUUGCAGACUGCCUCACCAGGUAUCGACACUUCUCAGCGUGUGUGGCUCAAGUUUUGCGACUGCUGCACUUUAAGGACCCGGACUCUGCAGCAAAGGUGUUGGAGCUCCUCCUGGCCAUGUGCAGCGUCUCAGGGCUGCGUUCGCAGCUCUGCGCGGUGGUGUUCAGACCGGCGGCACCCAAACUCAGAGCUGCAGACCGCAAGCAAGGGACGGGACUGGAUGCUGAACACAAAGCUGAGCCCGGGCUCGCACUGGCGCAGUGGCUGAGCUCGCCUGUGGAGGGCGCCGAGUCCUGCUCGCUCCAGGUCCUGCAGCUGUUGAACGAGCUGCUCCAGGAGGCGUUGGCAGCAGACAGCGUGUCUGACUGUGUGCUGAGCUUCGUAGACAUGUUGCUUCCCGUCUUGUUGGGGCUGCUGAAGGGUCUCGAUCCCUCGCAGGGCGACGCUCACCAAAGAAAACACUGCCAUCGCAUCACGCGCGUCACCAGUCUGCUGCUCGUCCUGUGUUCGGAGGACUCCACCAGAUCUUUAGUGUCCCGUCAGGUGAGCGCUCAGCUCUGCCUGUCGCAGGUCGAAUCCCUCCUCUCCUGUUGUCACAGCAACAGCCCCCUCACCUGCCUCCCUCCCGGCUCUGACAACGAUCUCAGUCAGGUGUAUGCAGAAGCUCUGCUGAAGGUGCUGGAGCUGAUGAGCAAACUGCGACAACAGGUGAAGAACAUGGAGACCAGCUUCUACAGGAUGUUACAGGACCAGAGGAUCGUGACUCCCCUCUCUCUCGCCCUGACGUCCCACCACAGAGAGCGCGUGCAGACCGGCCUCUCGCUGUUGUUUGAAGCCACGCCGCUCCCAGACUUCCCCUCCCUGGUUCUGGGAGAAAGCAUCGCCGCCAACAACUCGUAUCGCCGGAGGGAGGCCGAGCUGUCCGUCAAACGGGUCGCAGUGCAGGACGUCCCGUCUUCCAGCGUGCUGGACACUUCGAGCAGGAGCGUCCACAGUCUGACCGACAAGAUGCAGAGCGGGUUAGAGCUGCAGGAACAGGUGAAGGACUCUCACGUGUCCGACAUCAUCGAAGUUUAUGAACAGAAGCUGUUGGCGUUUGCGUCUAAGGAGAGUCGACUGCAGGACUUGUUGGAGGCGAAGGCUCUGGCUCUGUCGCAGGCCGACCGCCUCAUCGCUCAGUAUCGCUUCCAACGAGCUCAAACCGAGUCGGAGCUCUGUAAGCUCGGCUCUCUGCUGAAGGACGCGGAGCGCAACCGCGAGGACCUGCAGGGCCAGCUGAGAAACCAGGUCCUGGAGGUGGAGUGCUCCAAGGCCGACAUCGAGGAGCUCCUGCAGCACAACACCAGGCUGCAGCACGACUCGGAGGAACACCAAGUGCUUAAAGGAGCCUACAACGCCUUGCUCAGCAGGUUCAACGAGAGCGAGCGGCUUCUGAAGGAGCUGCAGGCGGCUCACAUCUCGCUCACCAAGCAGGCCGACGGCCUGAAGAAGAACCACGACGCUCUGCAGCUGAAGCACGAAAAGAUGGUGUCGGUGUUGGAGGAGAGAGAGGAGGAGAUCAGAUCCCUCAGUUCAGAUCUACAGCAGAAGAACGGCGACAUUGCAGGUCUGCGCGCUGAACUCCGGGCGGAGGAGGAGAAGGUGAAGGAAAAGGAUCAAGAGAGGAGAGAGCUGGAGGACACGGUGGACGUUUUGAGGAAGGAGCUUAACAAGACGGAGCAGGCCAGGAAGGACGCCAGCAUCAAGGCGUCUUCUCUGGAGCUGCAGAAGAGUCAGCUGGAGACGAAGCUGAAGCAGAAAGAAGACGAGCUGAACAAACACUCGGCGAUGAUCUCCAUGAUCCACAGCCUGAGCAGCGGCAAGAUGAAGAGCGACGUCAACCUGUCGCUCUAACGCACCAUGAAAAAUGAUUUUUCAACUCACUGACUCUCAUCGACUAAACUUGUAUUUUUAACGUCAUGAUGAAAUCUGUUUGUUUUUGUUUUUAUUGUUGUUGGUAAAUAAAUUAUAAGUCCAGAUAAAA